GAGAGACGGCAGACGGUCAGAGAAACGAAAGAGUGCGCGAUCAAGGAGACGCCGUCUUUGCGUGCUACGAAUCGCCUAUAUCUUGAACAUUUUCGUCAUGUGAGAUGUACAAGUAAGCUAUUUCCUAUACACUUUUUCAAAUCUCUCAUUUCGAUAAAGACAUUAUGGAACGACAAAGGUAUUGAAGCAGCUUAUGAACGAAGAGAUGAAUUCUAUCUUCAUGACUCUGCAAAAUACUUCCUCGACUCACUGGAUCGAAUAUAUGACAAAAAUUUUGUGCCAACCGAACAAGAUAUAUUACGGACGCGAAUUGCUACAAUGGGUGUCAUUGAAGUCUCGUUUACCAUGAAAAACAAAUUAUGGAGAGUCUUCGACGUUGGCGGACAGCGGUCACAACGAAAGAAGUGGAUUCAUUGUUUUGAUGAUGCGAAAGCAGUGAUUUAUGUUGCUUCGUUAAGUGAAUAUGAUCAAGUAUUGAUGGAAGACGAUACAACGAAUAGAAUGCAGGAAUCAUUGCAACUAUUUCGUCAAGUUGUGAAUAAUAAAUAUUUUAUUAACACUUCUGUUAUUCUAUUUCUCAAUAAGAAGGAUCUCUUCGAGAAGAAAAUAGGACAUGGGAAAUCAUUAAGAAUUGCAUUUCCGAACUAUAAGGGUGAGUAUAUUCAAAGCAAAGAUAUUUUUCCAGGUGGUGAAAAUUACGAUGAAGCUGCCAAAUAUAUAGAAUCGCAAUUUAUGGCUGCAAAUGAAAACAAAGAGAAGUCAAUCUACACUCAUCUGACCUGCGCGACUGAUACACAACAAGUACAAUUUGUGCUAGACAGUGUCUUAGACACUAUUUUAUCUUCUAAGCUCAAAGGAUGUGGUUUGUAUUGA